UUUUUGAAUGAAGUCUCUCUCUCUCUCUCUCUCUCUCUCUCCAUCCCACCUCCUUCUCCUCCUCCUCCUCGUGCACACCGGCUCGCGGACACCCACCCAGCCAGUGAGCGUUAGUGCGGGUCCGGCUGCAGCAGCGGAGCGGCCCGACUGCCUGUGUGUUGUCUUUGAAUUCCUUUUAAUCUUUUAGGGGGGGUCGGGAGGGGGGGUGUGUGCUCAGCUCAGACACGCCACCGCAGAAGAGGAGGAAUGGGACGCCGCGGCUCGCAUCGGGACUGAGUGUGGUCCAUGGCACGUUGAGGACGCCUCCGAACCGGUGUUAUUCUUAGUCGCGUUUUGGGUUUUUAUUCGAACAUCCCGGAUCAGGGUCAAGCUCAUUCCCGCGUGCACGAUGGGCUGCUGCAGCGGGCGAUGCACCCUCAUCUUCAUCUGCACCUUACAGCUGGUGCUGGCCUUGGAGCGGCAGGUCUUUGACUUCCUGGGUUACCAGUGGGCCCCGAUCCUCGCCAACUUCUUCCACAUCAUCAUGGUCAUCCUCGGCCUCUUCGGCACCAUCCAGUAUCGGCCGCGUUACAUCGUGGCGUACACGGUAUGGGCCGCUCUGUGGGUCGCCUGGAACGUCUUCAUCAUCUGCUUCUACCUGGACGUGGGAGGCCUGUCCAAGGACAGCGACCUGCUGACGUUCAACAUCUCCGCCCAUCACUCCUGGUGGAGCGAGCACGGGCCAGGCUGCGUGAGGGGGGAGAUGCCUCAGGCGCCGCCGGGGGGGCGCACCGCGGAGAGCCACUCCUACAUCACGGUCAUGGGCUGCCUCAUGGACUACCAGUACAUCGAGGUCCUGCACAGCGGCACGCAGAUCCUCGUGGCUCUCCUGGGCUUCGUGUACGCCUGCUACGUUGUCAGCGCCAUCACCGAGGAGGAGGACAGCUUUGAUUUUAUUGGUGGAUUUGAACCAUCCCUCUCUACCAUGUCAAUGAGAAACCAUCUCACCUCCUCUUGAAGCCCAUGUACCCGUCUUCGUAAAUGAGGGAGGCGCGUCCGGCGGGGAGGUUACCACGGAGACAAGAGAUGGCUGUUUAUUGACACAAAAACGUCCCCUCGGUUCACUGGAGGGACACGGCAGACCCCCCCCCCCCCCCCCCCCGCACCUCCC